AGCCCGGACAAAGAAACGUCGCCAACAAAGACUCAGGAAAGUCCAAGUGUCAUGAGACGUUUCAUGCUCGGAAGGAAAAGAUCAAUGUCUACACCUAAUCAUAGCAGGGUUAGCAGUAACACCAGUAAUGGUUUGGAAAAUAAUACGAAACCAAGCUUAAAUAAUAUACAAAUACCUGAAAUCAAAGAAACUGCACCUCCAAGUUCAAACAGUCCCUUAGUAAAUUCAAAUUUAUAUUUUGCUCAUCAAGGAUUACCUCCUCAUUUAGAUUCGAGCAAUAAUUUAAAUCCAUCAAAUAUAGAGGAGUCUGCUUUAAAUAAAGGUGAUGUGGCAGUUUCUCUCAGACACAAUGACUCUGUGUUUUCAUUGAAUAAUCAUAAAAUUUCUCCUUCGACCAAUACCAAAGAUGAUCUAUUAACUACUCCAGAUAUCUUGAAACCUCCAAAAAUUCAUACCUCUUCCUCUUCCCAAGCUUCUCCCUCAAUGAAUUAUGGUAGCUCAAAAAAUAGUACCACUACUCCAGAUCAAAGAAAUUCCAAUUUAGAUUCAGAAGCUUUAAGUCCUCCUACCCCAUCCACCCCUUUCCAAAGAACUUUAAGAAGAGUGGCUUCAGCUCCUUUAGUUCAUAGAUUAUUAAACGAUAAUUCCAUAAAACCACCAGCUUCAGAAUCAUCUGUUCAUCAUCUUGGUAAUGAUGAUGAAUUUGAUAUCAAUAAGCACAUCGGUGAAUUGAAUAUGCCAAGGAGUAGACCAAGAACAUACACUCAAGGUCGGAUGUAUUCUCAUUCUGCUACUAAGAUUAUGGAAGCUCAAGUAGAUCAAGGAUGUUUUGAAAAAAUCAAACUUCUAGGAAAAGGUGAUGUGGGUAAAGUUUAUCUUGUUAAAGAAAAAGUUUCAUCAAAAUUGUAUGCAAUGAAAGUAUUAAAUAAAAAGGAAAUGAUUGAAAGAAAUAAAAUUAAGCGGGCGUUGGCCGAACAAGAGAUUUUGGCCACUUCAAAUCACCCUUUUAUUGUUACUUUAUACCAUUCAUUUCAAUCCCGAGAUCAUUUAUACUUAUGUAUGGAAUAUUGUAUGGGUGGUGAAUUUUUCAGAGCUUUACAAACUAGGGAGACAAAAUCGAUUAGUGAGAAUGAUGCAAAAUUUUAUGCUGCAGAAGUUACUGCUGCUUUAGAGUAUUUACAUCUUAUGGGGUUCAUUUACCGUGACUUAAAACCGGAAAAUAUAUUAUUACAUCAAUCGGGUCAUAUUAUGUUGAGUGAUUUUGAUUUAUCAAAACAAUCCGAAAGUACUAAAAAUCCAGAAAUAUUCUUUAGCAAGAAUUCUCACGGUUUAUCAAAUGGAAAUAAUGGACCAACUCUUGAUACCAAAGCAUGUAUUGAUGGAUUUAGAACGAAUUCAUUUGUUGGUACCGAAGAGUACAUUGCCCCAGAAGUUAUCAGAGGUAAAGGUCAUACAAGUGCGGUUGAUUGGUGGACACUUGGUAUCUUCAUUUUUGAAAUGUUAUAUGGAACAACUCCAUUUAAAGGUAAAGAUCGUAAGAAAACUUUUGGUAAUGUUUUGAAGAAGGAUGUUAAAUUUUUAGACUCGCAAUCAAUUUCUUCAAAUUGUAAGAGUUUAAUUAAAAAAUUAUUGAUCAAGGAUGAAACGAAAAGAUUAGGAUCUAAGACUGGUGCAUCGGAUAUAAAGAAUCACAUUUUUUUCAAAAACACUCAAUGGGCAUUAUUAAGAAAUCAAAAACCACCUAUGAUACCGGUAUUGACCAAGGCCAAGAAUUCAAUCAAUGCUAAUGAUGAUCAGGACAUCACGAAUGUAAAACCUAGUAAUCCCGAUGAUCCAUUUGCAAAUUUUAGUUCGGUAACACUCAAUUAUAACGAGAAUGAGGCUAAUGAUUCAUCUGUAUUAUACAGUUCAGAUAAUGCAAUUUAUACUAGUGUUUCUUAUACAAUGACGAAUAAAAAUGGAGUUAGUCCUAGAAAACAA